CGUGUUUUGACGACGUGCGGGUCUUCAGGUGUGCCAGAAACACCACGAGCCAGUGGCUUCGUUUGUGAACCUUGUCUUGGUUCGCUGUCAAGUUGGCUAACUUGGGUUUAUCAACCAACCGGCUGUGGUUAGCUACGUAACAGUUUACUAGCAUCGCUAACAAAAAUUAACACAUCACGAUAGCACUAUUGACAACCAGCCAUUGAUUUUACGCGGUUGUUCUGUGUUUUAUGUUAUCAUUCAACUCGCAAACAAUUUGAGUAGGCUGCUUUGAGUUUUUAGAACACGUUAAAUUGGUUCCUUUGUCUUGACAAGCGUUGGUUUGGACGUUAGCUAGCCUGCUAGUAACAUUAGCAAAACCCAGCUCCUUGACUCUCAAUGCCCGUGGCCUUCCGCUGCUAACUCCUUCUGAUCAAAUGUGCCAGUGCUGUUUCGUCCGUGUAAUCACCACAUUUGUGGUUGUGUUGUUAACUACAGUGUGAUAGUCCAGAUAACCCUUCAAAGAGCGGCUCAUUUGGUCGCCUCAUGUUGGUGUGAGCCUGCUUGCCGUUAGCUGGCUAACGGUGGAGGGCAGAGGCUAAAACCUUCGGACGGCACUGCAUCCUUCACACCUGUGUGACUGUCAGCGCUGAUUUCACUGAUAUCGUAAUGAAACGAGAUCGUUAUUGACUUCAGCACAUGAUUGGAGGUGUUGUCGGGUUUUGCAAAGAGGAAACAGCAGCGCUGUGUAGACUCUUUGUUUACCCUGGGAGCCUUGAAAUCCUCUCAGCCCGUGUUGGCUGUUUGUCUAAUUGGCCUCCGGUGCCGCACACCUCGUCUGAGCAGAACCGGUCGUCCCGUCACCGUGUAGCGUGAGCUCCCCGGAGACGGAGGAGCGGGCCGGCACAGUUGUGAUGAAUAAGGAAAUCAUGUCACGUGUGGUGAAGAAGAGGCAGGCGGACCCCAAGGUGGUCCAGUAUGUGUGGGCGGCCAUCGAGGUCAUCCGCAACCAGAAACAAAUUGCAAACAUGGACAGGAUCUCCAAGUACCUGAGCCGUGUGUUUGGCAUGCACCCUAAGGAGACUGCCAGACAGCUGAGCUUGGCCGUGAAGGACGGCCUCGUUGUGGAGACCCUGACUGUUGGCUGCAAAGGCUCCAAGGCCGGCAUCGAGCAGGAAGGAUACUGGCUGCCCGGGGAUGAGAUGGAGCCGAAAGCCGAGGGAAGCAAGGAGUGGGAGACAGAAAGCCACGACUGGUACUGCUUCGAAUGUCACCUGCCGGGCGACGUCCUCACCUGUGACAACUGCUUCCGAGUUUAUCACCUCAAGUGUCUGUCGGAGGAGUUCAAGCCCAGAGACGGGGGGUCCCACUGGCAGUGUGUCGUCUGCAGGGGCAGUAAGAAGAAGAACCUGAACAAACAGGAGAUGAGUAAAUACCUGCGCUUCAUCGUCCAGCGUAUGAAGGAGAGGGCAGUGGACCUGAACAAGAAAGGCAAAGACACUAAACAUCCCAUGUACAAACGUCUGAUCCACACACCGCUGGACGUCUCCAACAUCCAGGAGAACCUGUCUGAAGGAAAAUACAAAAGCUUCGAGGAGUUCAAAGCAGACGCUCAGCUGAUUGUUCACAACACGGCCAUCUUGUAUGGAGUUCACAGCGACCAGGCGGAGAUCGCACGGCUGCUCUUCAGCGACACGUGCCACGAGCUGAAUGAGUUGUUGUUGUGCAAGAACUGUUUCUACCUGUCCAAUGCCCGACCAGACAACUGGUUCUGUUACCCCUGUAGCCCCAGCCAUGACUUGGUGUGGGCCAAGAUGAAAGGAUUUGGCUACUGGCCGGCCAAAGUGCUUCAGAGGGAGGACAACCAGGUGGACGUGCGCUUCUUCGGCCACCAGCACCAGAGAGCGUGGAUCCCCUCAGACAACAUCCAGGACAUCAAGGUGAGCGUCCAGCAGCUGCAGGUGAAGCGCAGCAACGGCUGGAAGAAGGCGUGCGAGGAGCUGGAGGUUUACCAGCGCUUCCUGAGGGAAGGCCGCUUCUGGAAAUCAAAGAUGGAGGACAGCAGCCUGCCACACCAGCAUCUCCAGCAGAAUCAGAGCCCACGCCAGCAGCAGCAGCAGGAGGGCAGCGGGAGGACGGACAGGCUGGAGCGGACGGACGAAGCCGAGUCCAGCAUCUCCUCCACCAGCAACGAGCAGGUCCGACAUCUCAAAGGCAGCCAGGAGCCCAAGGCUAAGAAAAGCCGUCGAUCUCAGAUGGUCGAGCCCAAAGAAGAAGCCAGCGACCCCGAGCCAGAGAUGGAGGCGGUCAGCUCCAGCCAGGAGAUCCCCGUGUCCUCGGCGCCCCAGCAGCCCGAGAAGCUUUCGGUGUCCACGCAGACCAAGAAGGCCAACGGCGGGUCGCCACGCACUCUGCACCGCGGCACCCAGACCAACAGCGACGGCGCCUGCCAGAACAUGUGCCACGAGAAGUACACCAAGGUCUUCAACGACGUCAAGGAGAUGAUGAAGGCCGACAACAAGAGGGAGACGGAGAGGGUGGUCAGAGAGGCCCUGGAGAAGCUCCGUGCAGAGAUGGAGGAGGAGAAGCGUCAGGCGGUGAGCAAGGCGGUGGCCGGAGCUCAGGCGGAGAUGGAGAGGAAGUGUAAGCAGGUGAAGGAGAAGUGUAAGGAGGAGCUGAUGGAGGAGGUGAAGAAGCUGGUGGCCCAACACAAACAGUUCAUCUCCCAGACCAAGAAGAAGCAGUGGUGCUACAACUGUGAGGAGGAGGCCAUGUACCACUGCUGCUGGAACACCUCCUACUGCUCCAUCAAGUGUCAGCAGGAGCACUGGCACGCCGACCACAAACGCACCUGCCGCAGGAAGAGAUGAACCAGCCCCGCCCCCUCUCACCCUACACAGCUCGCCAUUGGCUCCUGCCCUGUCCUCGUCCCCCCCGUCAGUCGGUGUCCACACACACACACACACACGUCCCUCCUGCUUCUCCACUUGCCUUCCUGAAAACUUUGUGGACCUGAUGUUUUCUGCGUGAAAAGAGCAGUUUGUUCCCUUUUCUUUUGUUUCUGUUAUUUAAUAUAUCCAUUGUGUUGAUUUUUCUUUCUGUAUUUGUUUUGUCUGAAUGGCGAACAGAUUGCUCGAGAGCUCGACUCGGACGCAGUUACGGCGUGAUUUGUUUUCUCUUUUGUUUUGUUCUUUUCUUUACUGAAGUGCUAAUUUUGAGCUCAUGUUGGAGAAUGUGUUAUUUAAGUGUUUGGUAACAGAUGAGCAUUAACUGAAUACAUUUUAUUACCUGAUUUUUUUAAACAGAAAAAUUCGCUUUUCUUACUGUAAAUGCGACAAACGCGCCGUCGAUCUUGCGUUGGCGUACGCAGCGGCAGCAUCCAGCCGGCUCUGCUUUCAUAGAGAAAACCAGUUUAAAAACGACAAAAAAACUGCAGACGAUCGUGUAUAGCGGAUGACAUGACUCACAGAUGUUAAAUUUUAUUUUUUUUCUCUCUCUUUUUCAUGAAGCGGUUGCGGUGAUGGCACCUUUUAUCAUUUCUACCUAAAAUCUUCUUGUCCUCAGUCACUUAUUGGGAACAGGGUCACGAGGUCGGCCUUUAAAGACGCCGACACAGUAAAUCUUCCAUGUACUUUUACUAUUAUACUUAACACAAUUAUGCACAUUUUGGGGUCUUUGUUCUUGUAGUUUUUAAAUGAGCGGGAUGUUGACGGGCGCAUCUGGCUGGCGACUCUAAAUUGCCCGUAGGCGUGAAUGUGAGCGACGCGUCCGGGUCGCUCCCGCCCGUCGCCCGGACGCCGACCCUGCAUAGGACGGGAUAUGAAAGAAGUUUUGAAUUUGUCCUGAAUCGGGGGGGGGUGUACAGGUUUUUACUGAGCUGGAUCUUAGAGUGUUUCAUGAUUUGACACUUUGGAUAUUUUUUUUUUUUUUUAAUUUUGCACACUUGGUUUUGUUAACAACCCAAACGCUUGUAAUGUUGCCAAAAGCAGUUUGUUGAACGUCCCUGAGAAGACGUGGUCGUCCUCCCUCCUGCUCUGAGCGUCGUCGGUGUCAUUUUUAUGGUGAUGUACACUCGAAAUUCUUUUUUAUCCUGAAGUGAAGCUUUCACUGCUUAUGCUGUAGUUGGUGGUCAGUGCCUGUUUCUCUUUUUCGUUUCUCAUCUUCUGACACCCAGUAAGGCUUCAUGCAUGUUGAUAGUUUCCUAGUUUGUCUUUUUUCAUCAUUACGGUAAAAAAAAAAAAAGAAAAAAAGAAAGCAGACCAGAAGCUCGCCGUGACGACGGAUGGACCAAUAUAAAACAUUAUGCAAAUGUGAACGAUCAAAUGAAUCUUUUCUAUGGUUUUCCCUGCGCUGGAUGUCGAGUGUCGAUGGUGUAUAAAUAUGGUGCUUGGAUGUUUUUGGUUUUUUUUUUUUUGGUCUCUUUGGCAAUAAAAUUGCCAUUUUUUUGGUUUUCUUUGAGAAAUGUGACACUUUUAAAGUUUGACUGUUUCCUCAGUUAUGAAGAUUGACUGAACAGAGGAAAACGCUUCACUUACUCUGUACAGACGCUUUUUAACACACAGACUGCUGUUAACGUGUGACAAAUACCGUAAAUUCUCACAUAGCGGGCAGGACCUUUUCUUCACCUCAGGCGAAGAGACACGCAGGCUUUUAUUUUGUCCCGUUGGUCCUCUUAACGUCCUGCUGCUUCUUCGUGCUCUCAGUGAAGACUCCAAGCGUCCUCCAUCAGUUCGUCAUGUCUGGUUCAGGCUGAUUAUCGCUGUGAGUUUAGUGUAGAAGAAAACAAGUUUUUACUCCAUUCUGUGCUAACAGAAAGCCAUGCAAUACAUCAAGUUUUUAUGAAUGAAUUAUACCUGCAGGAGAUGAUCCAAUAAACUGAACUAUGAGGAACACUUUGAGAUGUUGGAACGUUAGUAAUCAUGAUUAGUUAACAAAUAUUAGCACUAUUGAUUAAUCUAUAAUCUGAUAAAUAAUUUCAUUUAUGAAAUGACAGAAAUCAGUCAAACUGUUCCUGAAUGAAAAAUCCUCACAUUAGAGAACUAAACAUUUGAUUGAUCAAUUAUCAACAUGGUCAGCAGUUCUUUUUUAGCCUGAGUUUCUCACUGCAAACUCCAAACUUUUAUUUUGAAGUCUGUACAGGAAGUGUUGAGUUCCAUGAACAGCAGCUAAAGCAAAGGCUGGUGUUUGUAUUUUUCUUACUGUCAGCAAAUCCCACAAAGGAGCAAAACUGACAAUUUGUUAGUUUGCCUCCAAAUACUUUCUGACUUCCUGUUUGUGGCUCUCAGCUUGAAGCUCAUUGGCUCAUACUGAAGAUGUAAACCUUUUAAAACACCUUAAACAAAAAGUCUGACUUUUCCACUGGUUUAUCAUCAGACAGACUGGAGGAAGUAAGUGCAUUUGUUGGGGACUAUUUUCAGCAGUGGAUUAAUCCUUAUUUGGUGCCCGGUGUGUGUGUGUGUGUGUGUGUGUGUGUGUGUGUGUGUGUUCACACAGUGUGCCUCGUUGGUGGGAUUUUUACAUCACUGGAGCACAGAGGAAGAAGAAACUGUUGUCUUUCAAUAUUUUAAUGGGAUUUGAUGACAGUGAGAGAAAUGUAGAAAAUCAAAGGUUGUUAGAAAAGCGUCCACUAUUAGAGGAUUUACGGUACCUGCUGUUCCAGACUUUAACCUGCCCCCUCGCCGUCUCUGAUUCGCCCUUCGGACUUUCAGGUGUGACACGUUCCUGUACAGUUCAGCUGCUGUUGACUUGGCGUCGGAUGUGCUGCACGUCAUCGUUUGCUUUUUCCAGCUCACUUUUAACGUUGAAUUUCUGGAAGAAGAAAAGAUGUUGGUUAUGUUCUCUUGUCUUAUCCCAGUUCUCAUCAAGCCGUCAUUUUAUUCGGAAAUCAUCUUUGCACUACAUGUAAAUAAACUGUGUCAAUAUCUCCUCCCUCACAUGUAAAUGAACUUUGUUUUUCUGUAUUCGCUGCGAUCUCGAUGACUGUUAAUUCUAGUUUCGUGCAGCCGUUAUCACAUCAGCUUCUGAGGUUUGUGUCAUUUUCACUUAAACGCUCAAAGAUUUCAGUGUGUGUUGUGGCUUUUAAAGGGAAAUUCUGGUACUUUUAAACCUGGUUUGACUCAUUUACACACCGAUGUGAACACGUGGAUCAGGUUUAAAAACACCAGAAUUCCCCUUUAAGUCGUGUUGAAAACCAACCAAUAAACUUCUGUUCUCCCAGACUAACACACACACACGGCCUGCUUUUCUUGGACUGUUUUUAUAUUCGUCCAUCCAGCCGUAAAGAUGUCAGUGUGACAUCGGGUUUGAUGUCAUUCCGGUUUGUACCUCUGGUUUCUCGCUGCAUGAGUACACGGUGUGUGUGUCACUCUGAGUGAUGCAAUAUGACGACGAUGUUUGUUUUUAUUUCCUGGAACUUCAGUCGAGCCAAAUCAAAACUUCUGAAGCUGUUUGCAGCUCGGAAGAAGUGGCGUAAAAGAUCAGAUUGUGGCCCAUCAGCGGACUUUUCACUGCUGUUAUUCCAGAGUACUUUAGCUCGUACUGUGCGAGUACUAGAUGAAAUCCUGCUUGUACUUACGGAGUAUUUCUGUACUUCUAAUUGGAAUAAAACCAGUGUCUCCUUUGUUCUCACCUCCUGUAGGUCAUCUUCUCUUCUGUCCAUAUGUAAACUAUUAAUUGUGGCUUAACAUUUUCUAUGCUCCUGAUAUUUUUUGUUUUUGAUGCUUUAGCUAGCAAUAUGUAUAUAAAUAUAUUCUAUGUGCUAACAUGGAGGAAAUAAAUGUAUCGACAAGU